CUCUAGACGCACGCAAAGGAUUUCUGCGCAGUGCUGCAGCAGCAGAGCAGUAAUCCCGUCCCGUCCCCAUUUCCCCUCCUCCAAGUUGAUCGCUCCCUCCUCUGCUUUUCCCCGCACCACCACCGCCGCCGCCUUGUCCAGAAGCGACUCCUCCACGAGACGGCGGAGACCCCCUCGCGAAUGCCGCCUGCUCGCUCCGGCGCGCGCGCGUGACCCGCGGCUAGGGCGCGGGACGAGGCGGGGCGCGCGGAGAGGGCGAGCCCUCGGCCGUGCCGCGGCAUGGGGGAGAUGGAUUUGGACGACGUCGUGCUCUCCUGGUCGCUCCCCGACAUCACCGACCACGCCCUCUACAGGGACAAGAUUGAGACUAUUCCCUGCAACUUCAAGUCACUUGAUCACUAUCUCGGAUCGUAUCGUGUGCCUCUGAUUGAGGAAACAAGGUCAGAUCUAUGCUCAUGCCUUGAACUCAUCAGGGAAGCACCCUCCUCAAAAAUACUUUCCAUGGAGGUUGCGGGGAAAUCUGGUUCAUACUUAAUGGAUGUGGACUUCUGGGACAAUGAGGCUGGUUUUUCUACUGAGGCUUAUGCUGCAAGGAAUGGUGACAUAUUUAUCUUGUCUAGCAUGAAGCCUGAAGCUGCAGAGGACUUAAACCGCCAUGGUGUCACAUAUUGCUUGGCAAUGGUUACUGAGGUUUCUAUGGAUGAUGAAUACCAGAAGGGCUUCAGAGUCAAAGUUACAAAGGAUGUUGGUUUGGAAGAAGACUUGAAUAAACUCAAGCAUGCAAUAUUUCUCAAUAAUAUCACGACAAACAUGCGAAUAUGGAAAGCACUCACCUUAGAUACACACAUGAACGGCAAUUUCACAGUAAUCAAGUCGCUCUUAACCCCAACAAAUUUGGUUGAGGAUGUGUGUGGUAUCUGUGUCAAACAGGAUGGAGGCUGUUUGGCUUCUUUCACAGAGCAACUACUGUCGAUUAAGCUUAACCGAUCACAAAUGGAUGCUAUUGAAUCUGUUAUCUCAGCUGUACAAUGUAGGCAUGUGAACCUCAUGAAGCUUAUUUGGGGUCCACCAGGUACUGGAAAGACCAAGACCGUUAGCACUCUGCUGUGGGUUUUGGCGCGUUUGAAAUGCAGAACUCUUACCUGUGCUCCCACAAAUGUUGCUGUUGUUGGUGUUUGCACUCGUUUCCUUGAAAACUUGAAGGCUUUCAAUGAGGACAAUGGUCUACCUGUUUCUCUCGGAGAUAUCUUGCUAUUUGGAAGCAGGUCUAACAUGGACAUGACUGACGAUCUUCAGGAUGUUUUCUUGGAUUUUCGUGUCGAUGAACUUGUGGAAUGCUUUUCAUCAUUGUCUGGAUGGAAGUACAGAAUAGCUUCAGUGGUAUCCUUUUUUGAAGACUGUGCUUCACGGUAUGAUUUGCUUCUUGAGGAUGCUGGCAAAAUUGACCCAGUGUGCUUUCUGGACUUCAUAAAGAAGGAAUUUCAUGCGACAGCAAUAGCUCUUGAAAGAUGCAUAAUGAAUUUGUGGGUUCACCUUCCUGGAUUUUGCUUUUCUCCUGAUAAUGUCAUAAAUAUAUCUACAUUGCUUAAUAUGCUGAAAAAAUUUGGUGCUCUCCUGUGCGACGUAGAAUUGACCGAUGAGGGCUUGAGAAGGGGCCUUGGUUGUCUGUCAACUGAAAACUCUGUUUGUCCACAGCCUAUAUCUUCUAUUGAGAAGGAACUGGAUGGAGCAAGGUCUACAUGCCUUAAAUUGCUUAAAGAUCUGCUACACUCACUUAAUUUACCCACUGGAGUAGACAAAAACUGGAUCCAGAGCUACUGCCUACGUAAUGCAACACUUCUUUUCUGUACUGUCUCUAGCUCGUAUCGGUUACAUCACAUGGAGAUUGCACCCCUUGAUGUAUUAAUUGUUGACGAGGCUGCUCAAGUGCGGGAGUGUGAAUUGGUGAUCCCACUACGUCUGCAUUGGGUGAAGCAUGUUGUUUUGGUAGGAGAUGACUGUCAGCUGAGCUCAAUGGUUAAAAGCAAAGUAUGCAAAGAAGUUGGAUUUGGGACAAGUCUUUAUGGGAGAUUGGUUAUGCUAAAAUUUGAAAAACAUUUGUUGAAUAUACAGUAUCGCAUGAAUCCUUGUAUCAGCUUAUUUCCAAAUGCUCAGUUUUAUGAUAAGAAGAUUUUGGAUGGUCCCAAUGUCCUGUCUUCUAGUUAUAGUAAGGAUUACACAUGCCUCCCUUUUGGCACCUACACGUUUAUAAAUGUCAGUGAUGGAAGGGAAGACAAAGAGGGCACAGGAAACAGUCGGAGAAACAUGGUUGAAGUUGCUGUCGUUUUGCACCUAAUCCAUACCAUCUUUAAAUCUUGUAGAAGGACAGGCCAAGGGCUCAGCAUCGGCGUGGUCUCUCCAUAUAAUGCUCAAGUUGAUGCAAUUAAAAGUCGACUUGGCAAAAAAUACGAUACAUGUGAUGGCUUUCAUGUGCGGGUGAAGUCCAUUGAUGGUUUCCAAGGAGAAGAGGAUGAUAUAAUAAUACUAUCAACUGUUAGAUCCAAUGGGAGAGGAGUUGUUGGAUUUCUUGCUGAUAACCAAAGAACAAAUGUUGCUCUUACUAGAGCAAGGCACUGUCUUUGGAUUGUUGGGAAUGCUCAUACACUGUAUAAAAGUGGAACCGAAUGGACAGAUCUUGUUGCUGAUGCAGAGAGACGUAAUUGUGUUUUCAAUGCAACUAAUGACGCAGCCAUCUGUAAGUUGAUUCUGCAAGUAAAGCAAGAGCUUGAUGAACUUGAUGAUCUUCUUAAUGCCGACUCAGCGGUAUUCAGCAAUACUAGAUGGAAGGUCAUUCUUAGUGACGAGUUCAGAAAGUCUUUCACCAAACUAAAAUCACCACAGCUCAGGAGGGAAGUACUCCAAAAACUUAUCAGACUUGGGGCUGGUUGGAGGACAACAGUUAAGAACCUUGAUAUACCAGGUGUUUCUCAUCUCGCAAAAGUAUAUAAAGUCAGAGACCUGUAUCUUGUUUGGAGUACUGACGUGGAAAAAACCGAAAGAAGGUAUUUCCAGAUAAUAAGAAUUUGGGACCUACUAUCGCAGCAAAAUCUUGCAAGAACUAUUCAACGUCUCGAGAAUCUGUUCUCCAUGUACACGGAUGAUUGCCUGGAUCACUGCAGGAGAGUUCAGACACUGGGGAAAUUGGAGGUUCCUGUGGUUUGGGAUGUUGAGCAUGAUAUUAUUCGCUAUAGAAAAGAUUGUAAAGUUGAUGCUCAGGAAGAGCAUGGUAUCGUGGAUACAUCACAUGCCAUGGAGAAUUCAAAAGUUAGCGAAAGCUUCUUGCUGAUGAAGUUCUACUCUUUAUCAUCUGGGGUGGCAAAGCAUUUGUUGACAGCUACUGAUGGGUCUGAAAUUGACAUCCCUUUUGAACUAACUGAUGAAGAGCGUGUAAUAAUCCAAUUUCCUUUCACAAGUUUUAUACUUGGGAGGUCGGGCACCGGAAAAACCACUGUAUUGACAAUGAAAUUGAUUCAAAAAGAGCAACAGUCAUUGAUUGCAUCCCAAGGUCUAAAUUUUGAUGGAGCUGAUUUAUCUGUGCCACUGAGGAAUGGAGAAGAAAGUUUUGUGAAACAAGUGUUCAUCACUGUAAGCCCAAAGUUAUGUUCAGCCAUAAAAAAUCACAUCUGCAAGCUUAAAAGAUUUGGCGCUGGCGAUGUCUCUGAUCAGGCUAGCAUUCUUCACAUGCAUGACAUCAUGGAUGACCUGCAAGAGUUUACAGAAAUUCCUGACAAUUUUUGUGAUCUACCUCAUGAGCACUAUCCUCUUACUAUAACAUAUCGCAAGUUCUUGAUGAUGCUUGAUGGAACACGUCGGACAUCAUUUUUUGAUGCGUUUUAUGGUGAAAUGAAGUCUAGUAUUGAGAGAGGCCAUACAAAAUCUCGUGCAGUGCAAACUUUUAUUGAAUUGAAGGAAGUUACCUAUGAGAAAUUUGCUACUUUCUACUGGCCUCGUUUUAAUGCAGACCUCACCAAGAAAUUUGAUGCGUCCACUGUCUUCACUGAAAUAAUUUCUCAUAUAAAAGAUGCAUAUCAAGCAAGCAGGCCUUAUACUGGCAAACUGGGAAGACAAGAUUAUGUGAUGCUCUCAGAUAAAAGAUUUUCAUCUUUAAACAGUGAGAAAAGAGAUAGAAUUUACGAUUUAUUCCUUGAAUAUGAGGGUAUGAAAUGCAGUGCCAGGGAGUUUGAUUUGUCAGAUUUUGUCAAUAGUCUUCACAGUAGCCUUUUAUCCGAGGGCUACAGUGGAGAUAUGGUUGAUUUUGUUUACAUAGAUGAGGUACAGGAUCUCACCAUGACACAGAUAGCACUUCUUAAGUAUGUCUGCAGAAACAUCAAGGAAGGCUUCCUUUUUGCUGGCGACACUGCACAGACUAUAGCAAGGGGUAUCGAUUUCAGGUUUGAGGAUAUCCGUUCACUUUUUUAUACUGCAUUCCUGGCAGAAAAUGAAGCUUUUAAUCAAGGACCUAAACAUGGAAAGAAAGUCCAUCUCUCUGAUAUGUUCCAACUGUCUCAAAAUUUCCGCACACAUUGUGGUAUCCUCCGCAUGGCACAUAGUAUCAUGAGCCUUCUGUACUUCUUUUUCCCAUCAAGUGUUGACAAGCUUAAUCCAGAGACUGGACUUGUAUAUGGAGAAGCUCCUGUGCUUCUGGAGUCUGAUAAUGAUGAAAAUGCGAUUAUGACUAUUUUUGGAGAAAGCAAAAGUAAACAUGGUAACCUGCAUGGGUUUGGUGCUGAGCAAGUCAUAUUGGUUCGUGAUGAUGCUACCAGAAAACAAAUCAUUGAUCUUGUUGGUAAACAAGCUCUUGUGUUGACUAUUGUUGAAUGUAAGGGCCUUGAGUUUCAGGAUGUGCUGUUGUACAACUUUUUUGGUUCGUCGCCAUUAAGAAACAAAUGGAGAGUUUUGUAUGGCUACAUGAAAGAUAAAGAUAUUAUAGCACACUCCGAGGAGAUCUCUCAUCCGGAUUUUGACAGAAGCAAGCAUUGUCUUCUCUGUUCAGAGCUAAAGCAACUCUAUGUUGCAAUCACGCGCACUAGGCAAAGACUGUGGAUAUGUGAAAAUACAGACGAUUAUUGUCGACCAAUGUUUGACUACUGGAAGAAGCUCUGCCUUGUGGAAGUUAGAUUACUUGAUUCUUCCCUCAUUCAGGCAAUGCAGAAAGGGAGCAGCAGUGAUGAUUGGAGGUUACGGGGAACCAAGUUAUUUAAUGAAGGACAAUUCGAGAUGGCUACUAUGUGUUUCGAAAAGGCUGGUGAUCCAUACAGAGAGAAGUGGGCAAGAGCUGCCGGACUUGUAUCAACUGCUGACCGUGUCAUCUCCUCAAAUUUGGAGUUGGGCAAGGCUUCACUGCAAACAGCAUCAGAGAUCUACGAGUCCAUAGGCAUGCAUGAGAAAGCUGCUAUGUGCUAUAUCAAAUUAGGUGACUGCAAAAGAGCAGGUAUGGUCUAUAUGCAAAAGUGUGGUAAUUCUAGACUUGAGGAUGCUGGUGACUGUUUUGCUAGAGCUGAAUGCUGGCCGGAGGCAGCUGAAGUGUACUUCAAAGCUAAAUGUUACACCAAGUGUUUCUCCAUGUGCUCGAAAGGAAAACGGUUAUUCAAUCUGGGCUUGCAGUUUAUGCAACAGUUGGAAGAGGAACAUUCUCUUGAGAAUUCAAAAUCCUUGGAGGUUUCUGCAGUUAGAAAGAAGUAUCUGGAUAACUGUGCUCAACAUUAUUUUGAGCAUGGUGACAUAAAGCAGAUGAUGCCUUUUGUUAAAGCUUUCAGCUCUAUGGAUCAUGUACGAACAUUCCUUAACUCUAGGAAUCUUGUUGAUGAACUAAUGAGCUUAGAGAUGGAAAUGGGUAAUUUUCUAGAAGCUGCAGCUAUAGCAAAGCAUAAAGGAGAUGUCUUACUUGAGGUAGACAUGCUCGAGAAGGCAGACUUAUAUGAGGAAGCAACAAGGCUUCUCCUCCUCCAUAUUGUUGUAGACUCCCUGUGGUCUUCAAAUGGUAGAGGGUGGCCGCCCAGAAGAUAUACAGAGAAGGAACAGUUGCUCGCAAGAGCCAAAGAGAUGGCCGAGAAGGUCUCUGAGAGCUUCUACUCUUUUGUUUGCCUGGAAGCUGAUGCACUGUCAGAUGCGAAUAAGUCUCUUGCACAUUUAACUUGCACUUUGCUUGAGGGCAGAAAGUGUACAAUCUUGUUAGUUGAACUUAUUGCUUCCCGUUUGAUUCUUGAUAUUCAUCUCCAGUCUCGAGCCUCUGGAUACAAUUUGGAAUUAGGCCCAGAAUCUGAAGAUGAAAAUAGCUGUAUUGAUUUGCUGGCUUGCAACCAGAUAUCACCCCAAACUCUGUUGUAUAUCUGGAAUCACUGGAAGUCGAUCAUAAUUAAAGUACUGUCUCAUCUUCGCCACACUGAUGAUCCAGAAUUAAAAAAUCAUGGAAAUCUCUCGGCCAAGUACUUCGGGUUGAGAAAAGAUGGCGAUGCUGACCGAUAUUUGGUGCUUAACAUGAACUCGAGUUGGAUUUCUAAUGCUGGAAGAAAUUCUUUGCAGCAAGAUGGCAACCGAUGUUUAUUGGAUGCUUCCCAGUGUCAUUCAUGUGCACAGUAUUUCUGGAUGAAUGAGCUCUCUACUGUUGGUUUGAGUGUACUUAAGAAGUUGGAGUCCAUUGUUCAAAUUCCUCCAAAGCCGGCAUCUUCGUAUUCCCUGGUGAAAACUAUCCUUUUUAUAAAUGAGAUAGCAAAGUUUUUGGAAGAACCAGAGUUCAGUCUGCCAAAAAGUUCCAUGAAGUUAAGAAGCUUUUUUGUUCUCUGUGAGCGUCGCUUCUUUGAGUUAGUUUUUCUUGUGUGGAGAGAUGGAACAUCGAGGAGCCUAUUGCGUUUACUCGACUCACCAGCAGCAUAUGGUUUGAUUGCUGAUUCCCUUGGUGCAAAUCUUCGGCCAACAAAUAAAAAUUUGACUUAUGGGCAUUUAGGGAGAAUUACCAUGCUUGUGCUCCAUGCAGCACGAUUGGACAAUGCACUAGUUUCAAGACUACUAAAGUACCUGGACAAUAGUUCUGAGUGGGCUGAAUUUUUCCGUUCUUUGAAGAAAUUCCUUGACAGUGGUCUUGAUAGAUCCUCCUUGAUCAUGAACUAUAGGGUUGCUCUUGAUUUUACCUUCAAUGUGAAGUGGAAGGAUGAAGUAGACUACAUAUCCCCAAUGUGCUUUGUGGGUCUUAUGGAGUGCCUCGGUUUCUUGGCUUCAUCAUAUUUACUACAGAAGGAUUUUAUAUGCUGCACGAAAUCUUUGUUGCUCAAUAUGCUGGAAUGCCGUACCAGCAAGGUCUACCUUGACAGCUCCGUGCUAUCCGAUUCCAGCCCAGAUGCCGAACUUGAGCGUUUGGCAUUGUCAUCAGGGCGUUUCAUAUAUCAGACAAUUCUGGGCAUCUUGAUGAACAAGCAGAGUCUCCAGGAAUGGGUACAGAAGACUUCAACAACGUCUUCUAGUAGUUCGUACAAACCAGUCCUCCUGAGACUAGUUAUCACACUUUAUCCACUGAUCCUUACCCUUUCUCUGGGUAGUUGCUAUGAGGUCACAAAUAACCUUCUGAGGUGUGAAGUCUUCAAGGAUUUACCUUUGGAGUUCUCUCAGAAGAUUGUACAUGCUUUGCAAAUGAGGAAUCGCACACCAGGCAACUUCAUAAAAGUGCUUGCUGAUGCACUUGCCGCAAUCGGAGAUGAUAUGGUGAUUAUCGGUUCACCCAAAGGCCAAACAAUCUGUCGAAAUGUAGAUGCUUAUAUGAUUAGCAAGGCGGAUAUAUCUGAUGUUCCCAAGGUAAUGGCUCUUCUGCGUCCUGAAGAACCAAGCUCUGCAAAGCAAGAGACUCCAUUGCCAGAAAAAUCUGAUGGCAACAAUGUUACUUCUGGAAAGAUUCCUAAGGCUGUACGAGGUAAUACUAUGGAGAGCACAUGUGAAAUAGAUUUAAGUGACGAGAAUACUCCUUUCUGGGAGAAGUUUGAGAAUUUUCAAGUCAAUAAGCAAGUCCAGAAAGAUGCAAGGAUUGUUCUUCAAUUCCUUAGAAGCGCCCUUCCAUGGCUGGAGCAAACAGGCUUUCAUGCACAUCUGCUGGAAGAGGUCAGGCACGUCUGUAGUGAGUUUGAGGAACGUUCUGCCAGGAAGGAGAAAAUAGCCUCUCCGACUCUUCAGAAUCUGUACUCAGUAUGGCUUGAUGGCGAGAACAAGCUGCAAGCGAUCAUCAGGUUUCUGCAUUCUCAAAAGGCAUCCAUGAAAGAAGGUGAAAGGAGCAAUGGUGCUGCAGCAGUUGUCCAGUCGCACACUGACGGAGGGCACAGACAGGCUGAAUGUUCAGACGAUGAAGAUGACAACGAAGGAGUGGCUGGGGCUGCCUCAACCUCGACAAAGACGACACAGAAGCAGAAGAGCAAGAAGAAAUCCAAAAAGGCUAAGGGCCGUGGCAGGAAGUGAGCUGCUGUGGCUAUAGUCCUGCCCGUCGUGUGAAACUUUUGUGUAACCCAUGACUGUAAAGCUAACGGAUAGCAAGAGCUGCUUUCGCUGUGACGUACUGAAGGCUUAUGCGGUUGCCUUUUGGGGUGCAUUAAGCUGAGCGAUUACAAUGGCUACGCUUCAAGGAAGGAUUUAGACCA